AUGCCGCCGUGGUCACUGGUCUCGGCCGGCACGCGCUUCCACCACUCCUUGCCAUGGGCUCGUAGAUGGCUCUCCUCCUCUCUCCCCCUCCGACAGAGCCAGCAGGCCCCGGCCUGGGGCGACUCCCUACUUCUCCCCAAGACCACCUUUCCUCUUUACAACGACCCGUCAAAGGACCCGGCUAUCCGGACAAAGACUACGGAAGAGCUAUACGACUGGCAGCGCCAACAUGCUCAGGGACCUUUGUUCGUCUUCCUUGACGGACCUCCGUACGCUAAUGGCGACUUACACAUGGGUCACGCCUUGAAUAAGAUUCUGAAGGACAUCCAGAACCGUUUCCGCGUCUUGAUAGGGAAUAAGGUCUACUAUCAUCCGGGCUGGGAUUGUCACGGUCUUCCGAUUGAGAACAAGGUGCUGAAGCAGCUUGGAGUGGAAGUCAACGAACUCACUCCAUUGCGUAUCCGCGAAGAGGCGGAGAAGUACGCGCGCAAUGAGGUUGCAUCUCAAAUGAAGCAGUUUCGAGAGUUGGGCAUCAUGGCAAACUGGAACGCGGAGACCACGUAUCGGACACUCGACCCCGACUACGAGUUACGCCAGCUGAACGUCUUCAAGGCCAUGGUUGAGAAGGGCUUGAUCUACAGGCAGCAUCGUCCCGUACAUUACUCGCCUUCUUCACAAUCAGCACUAGCUGAGGCUGAGUUGGUCUACAAUGACGCGCAUUUCUCGCAUUCGGUAUACGUCACUUUCCCCUUGGAUUUGUCAAGCACAGAUAUUUCGCAGAGGCUGGGCAUUCUAGAUGCCGAUGUGCAUUCUGUGUCUCUCCUCGUAUGGACAACGACUCCCUGGACUUUGACUGCAAAUAUGGCCAUUGCAGUGAACCCGGGGAUGCGUUACCGAGUCGCCUCCGUCGCCAGCGAAGCAGGGCAGUCUUUUUUGGUUUACGCGUUAGAUCGCGCGGACGCUCUUCAUGCGAUUCCGGGCCUCUUUCCUUCGCCGCCAACCGUGCUUGGUGAAUUUGAUGGGAGCAACCUUGUUGGUGCUCAGUACCGCCCUAUUUUCGCACCGCUCCACUCUUCAUCCUCUUCCAUGGCGUCUUUGCCGGUCAUUGCUUCCUCCCAUGUCACCCCGGACUCAGGUACCGGUCUUGUCCACUGCGCGCCCGCCCACGGCCCUGAAGACUAUGCGGCGAUGCAGUCCCUCGGCCUGUUGUCCCGGUCCACUUCGGACGUCGCAAGCAAUCUCGUUUGUCACGUCAACAGUCUAGGCCAAUUCACAUCAGAUGUCGCAGCAGUCGUUGGUCAAGAAGCCGCUUGUGGUCUCGUUGCCAAGGAUGUGUUAGGUGACGGGAGUCGGGGCAUUGUGGAUCUGCUUAGGCGCGCCGGUGCAGUUCUCAAGGUACAGAGGUAUAAGCAUAGGUAUCCUUACGACUGGAAGACGGAUCAGCCGGUAAUCACGCUGGCCACGUCUCAGUGGUUCGCGAAUCUCGACGUUAUCAAGAACGAUGCCGUCGAGGCGAUGAAGGAGGUGUCUUUUGUGCCCAAGAUCUCCCAGAACCGUCUCGAGUCAUUCGUCCAGUCCCGCUCUGAAUGGUGUAUCUCCCGUCAACGCGUCUGGGGUGUCCCCAUCCCUGCCCUCUACCACAUCCCUACAAAUGGCGCCGUGCUCGACUCUGAUUCGCUCACUCACAUCCUCGACGUCCUCCGCAAGCACGGACCCGGAUACUGGUGGGACGGCCCCGUCUCUGCCUUCGUCCCGCCCUCACGCCGCGACGGCAAGUCCGACACCGAGCUCGAUACGCUCUGGAAGAAGGGCACAGACACCAUGGACGUCUGGUUCGACAGCGGUGUCGCCUGGUCGCAGCUCGAGGACCUCAUCGAGUACAACACCGAGGGCCGUGCGUUUGGUGCCGACGCCGCGCUGGAAGGCACGGACCAGCACCGCGGGUGGUUCCAGAGCCUACUACUCACCGCGCUCGGAAGCGCGCAGGAUCUUACACGCCCCCGUACGGCCCCGUACCGGACUCUGGUCACGCACGGGAUGGUCCUCGAUGAGCAGGGAAAGAAGAUGAGCAAGAGCCUCGGGAACAUCGUCAGUCCCAUGGCCAUCAUCCACGGAGACGCCGCCACUCCCAGCCAAGGCUAUGGCCCGGAUGUGCUCCGUCUGUGGGCGGCGACGGUCGAGUUCUGGAAGGACAUGUCGAUCGGCCCGCUGGUGCUCGAGCAGUGCGCGGAGACGAUGCGCAAGGUCCGGAACUCAGCGCGGUUUAUGCUUGGGAGCUUAGGCGACCGCCCACUGGAGGAGGCGGAGAAGGUGCCGUAUGAGAACUUGGGCCUGGCGGAGCGGUAUGUGCUCCACCGGCUCCACCGCCUGGACGGGAUCGCACGCACGGCGUACGAGGCAUAUGACUACCCUCGAGUGAUGAACGAGCUGUCGUACAUGGCCAACAUCACGCUCUCGUCUUUCUACUUCCACAUGAACAAGGAUUGCCUAUACGCGGAUAGCAAGGACUCACUCUCGCGGCGCCGUGUUCUUACGGUGCUCGACCAAACGCUCACCACUAUGACCAAAGUUCUCGCACCCGCCCUUCCUCACCUGGCCGAAGAGAUUCACUCCACGCGUCACGGUCCGCAAUGUCCUUCUGUCUUCACCACCCCCUGGACAACAUUACCCGCUGAGUUCGAGAACAACGAGGCGCAGACCGACAUGGACACCCUCUUCCGUAUACGGUCGAAAGUGCACUCUUUACUGGAGAACGCAAGCAAGGACGGUGUGGUCAAGCGCGUCCUCGCCACAGAUGUCAUAAUCAGUAUCUCGACCGCCAGCACACCAGAGAUUAUCGAUCUGCUCGGGCGAGAGGAGCAUACUCUUUGCGCACUCUUUGGCGUCUCGAGUGUCACCCUUUGCGACCGAGCGGCUAGUGAUAUGGUGCCUGAGUGGGAGUACAAGGACACUUUGGACUUGUCAGGGACCGAGGUCGAGGUCGCCAUCCGCCCUGCGGCACGCGAGAAGUGCCCACGUUGUUGGAUGCACACGCGGCCGGUCGGCGAUGAGCUCUGCAAGCGCUGCACAGAUGUCGUCCACGUGUAG